AGCGGGAGCCCCGGAGCCGCUGGCCAGCCGCGCCCGGAGCGAGCCUCGGAAAUGCCCGCGCUGGGGGAGCGCACACCGGCCGCCCCGCGGGCCCCAGGGAGACGCUGAAGGUCGUCGGGAAGUGAGCGCCCAGUCACCUGACCCUCGGGCGCACCUAGGUGGGGCGGGGCCCAUGCGAGGCGGGCGGCAAAGGCCGGGGCGCGGGCAGCGCGGAGCUCGCGGAGCCGGGGCGGCGGCGGGGACGCGCGGCGGGCGAGGGCGCGGCCGGGCACCGCCGGCGGCCUCGCCAUGUCCCAGCCGGCCGGGAGGAUGCACUGCCGAAAGGCGGGGAUCCGAGCCGCCGUGGUGCUCAUCGGACUCCUGCACAAAUCUCGAAAACAGAAUAAAGAGAAAAGGAAGCAGGAGCUGGCCAACAGCUCGGAUGUGACCCUCCCAGACCGGCCACUGUCCCCCCCUCUCACCGCACCCCCAACCAUGAAGUCUGCAGAGUUCUUCGAGAUGCUGGAGAAAAUGCAGGGGAUCAAGCUUGAAGAGCAGAGGCCAGGACCUCAGAAGAACAAGGAUGACUAUAUCCCGUACCCCAGCAUCGAAGAGGUUGUGGAGAAGGGAGGCCCAUACCCCCUGAUCAUCCUGCCCCAGUUUGGGGGCUACUGGAUUGAGGACCCAGAGAACGUGGGUACUCCAACGUCACUGGGCAGCAGCGUUUAUGAGGAGGAGGAAGAGGACAGCCUGAGCCCCAACACGUUCGGCUACAAGCUUGAGUGCAGGGGUGAAGCCAGGGCCUAUCGCAGGCACUUCCUGGGCAAGGAUCAUCUGAACUUUUACUGUACUGGCAGCAGCCUGGGGAACUUGAUCCUGUCCAUCAAAUGCGAGGAAGCUGAGGGCAUUGAGUACCUUCGGAUCAUCCUCAGGUCCAAACUGAAGACGGUCCAUGAGCGGAUCCCCUUGGCUGGACUGAGCAAGUUGCCCAGCGUCCCUCAGAUUGCCAAGGCUUUCUGUGAUGAUGCAGUGGGGCUGAAAUUCAAUCCUGUCCUAUACCCCAAGGCCUCUCAGAUGAUUGUGUCCUAUGAUGAGCACGAUGUCAACAACACUUUCAAGUUUGGAGUCAUUUAUCAAAAAGCCAGGCAGACCCUGGAGGAAGAGCUAUUUGGGAAUAAUGAGGAGAGCCCAGCUUUCAAGGAGUUUUUGAAUCUCCUGGGGGACACCAUCACACUGCAAGACUUCAAAGGUUUCCGAGGUGGCCUGGAUGUGACCCACGGACAGACAGGGGUGGAGUCAGUGUAUACCACUUUCCGGGACCGGGAGAUCAUGUUCCAUGUCUCUACCAAGCUGCCCUUCACGGAUGGUGACACCCAGCAGCUGCAGAGAAAGCGACACAUUGGCAAUGACAUUGUGGCCAUCAUCUUCCAAGAAGAAAACACACCAUUUGUCCCAGAUAUGAUUGCUUCAAACUUCUUACAUGCCUACAUUGUUGUUCAGGCUGAGAGCCCGGGCACAGAGACCCCAUCCUACAAGGUAUCAGUCACUGCAAGGGAAGAUGUUCCUGCCUUUGGCCCCCCUCUGCCAAGCCCACCUGUUUUCCAGAAGGGUGCAGAAUUCCGGGAGUUUCUGCUCACCAAGCUCACAAACGCAGAGAAUGCUUGCUGCAAGUCGGACAAGUUCGCCAAGCUGGAGGACCGGACCCGGGCUGCUCUCCUGGACAACCUUCAUGAUGAACUCCAUACACACACUCAGGUCAUGCUCGGCCUAGGCCCUGAGGAGGACAAGUUUGAGAAUGGGGGUCAUGGAGGAUUCUUGGAGUCUUUUAAGAGAGCCAUCCGUGUGCGCAGCCAUUCCAUGGAGACCAUGGUGGGUGGCCAGAGGAAGCUGCAUGGGGGCACCAUUCCUGGCAGCCUCAGUGGUGGUAUUGUCCACAACAGCAUGGAGGUCACCAAGACCACCUUCUCACCUCCAGUGGCCGCGGCAACCGUGAGGAACCAGUCACGCAGCCCCAUCAAGCGGCGGUCGGGCCUCUUCCCCCGCCUGCACUCGGGCUCUGAAGGCCAGGGGGACAGCCGGACACGAUGUGACAGUGCCUCCAGCGUUCCCAAAACCCCGGAUGGCGGACACUCUUCUCAGGAGAUCAAGUCUGAGACCUCGUCAAAUCCCAGCUCUCCAGAAAUCUGUCCCAACAAAGAGAAGCCCUUCAUAAAGUUGAAGGAGAACGGCCGUGCCAACAUCUCCCGCUCCUCCUCCAGCACCAGCAGCUUCAGCAGCACCGCAGGGGAGGGCGAGGCGAUGGAGGAGUGUGACAGUGGGAGCAGCCAGCCAUCCACAACCUCACCCUUCAAGCAGGAGGUGUUUGUCUACAGCCCGUCCCCGAGCACCGAGAGCCCCAGUCUGGGGGCCGCUGCCACCCCCAUCAUCAUGAGCCGGAGUCCCACAGAUGCCAAAAGCAGAAACUCCCCGAGGUCAAACCUGAAAUUCCGCUUCGAUAAACUCAGCCAUGCUAGCUCCAGUGCGGGACACUAAUGUGAGUGGAGUCCUUCCCCUGUCCAAGGGAAGUCUUGAUUCUGGCCUGCAGAAGGCUCCCGCUCCAGCAGUUUGGGGGUGCCAUCCACUACUCUGAUCGUUCAGGCCUGCUGUCUCACUGGCCACCUGCCCAGCAGACCAGCUGUCUGCUCCAUGUCCUGACCUGGCCAUGGCCUUGCUGGCUCCUUCUCCACGGACCCGAAAGCCCCAACCUCUGCUCCUGACCUCCCGAUGUGACCGGCUAUCAGAGUCAACCGUCAUCUUGUUCUACCUGCUGGAAAAAGAGUUGAACAAGGGGGAUUCCGGGUCCCAGGGGGCUCAGCGAGAAGCUGGGGAGCUUGUCUGCCCAAGACACAGAGGGGGUUGUGUGGUGGGGAGCAGAGGUGACUGCAGAAUGGUUGGUGGGUGCGGUCUGUCUUGGGUCACAGUACAGUGCCAUCCUGGACAUGGCGGAAGGGCUGCUUUUCCAGGAAUUUCCCAGCAUCCUCCAGGUUGUAUCUCACUGCUCCUGUGAUAAGUACUUCUGGCACAUCUGCUAGCCCAGGCCUCGGGAGCUCUGUCCCUGCUGCUAGGGUCCCCUUAGGGAAGGCUCAGGGUGGUGGAAGCACAGAGUCAGAGCUGGGUGUGUGCCGGACUGGCUGCAUGUUUCCAUGACUGUAGUCUCAAGGUUUUUCCUGUCAAAUUUUACACAAGCUGCUGAUCAUCCUUGUGGAGAGAGAAGCCCCAGUAACUUUUCUCCUUUGAGUGGAUAUUUUUCCUGGGAAGGAACGGGAGCCGGUAGUGUGAGGAGUCUAGGGAGAACACACGGUCAGCUCAGGGACGUUUGUUGGUUGAGGAAAGCUUCUGUAUGGGCAGGCUCAUCUGGGGUCCAGCUCUCCACUUUUGUGAGAAUCCAGAAAAGACAUAGUUCGUUCAACCCAUCUUUUAGGUGGGAGAGAGGGGAGAGACGUCAUGGGGGAAGGGUGUGACUUGACAAGUUUUGGUUAGGCCGGUGUGUGGUAGUUGAACUUAGCAUUGGAAACAGUAUGGCGUCUCUCCUCCACCUGUGCUCCCGGCAUCUGUGAGGGGCCCAGUGCUGCUCAGGGGCUGCUUCUAGGCUCGGUCCCCGGUCCCGUUCUUCCCACUCCAAUGGCAGGUCUUCAGGCAGUUGUCCCAUCUGCAGGGCUCCUGGAAGCCAGGCCCCAUGAACCUGUGCUUUGUACACCACAGACCGUCCGCACUCCUGGCCAUGGCCGCCACCUCUGGGUGAGCCCGCUCAUCUUGACGAGCUCUCUUGGGCUCCUCAGCCUUCCAGGUUUGCAGGCGCGGUUCAGCUGCAGGGGAUGGGGUGGAACAUCUGCCAGGCCAAACACCGGGUCUAAACAACAGGCACUUGAAGAUCCUGCCCCAUUAAGUACACAUAGGCCUCUGGCACAGGGCUGCUCUGGUUCUGGGCUCCCGCCUCAGUGAGCAGAUGAUAAGAUUUCCCAUCCAGGGCUUGUCUGCAUAGGCUUCUGUUCCCAAGCCCAAGUACGGAAGGGUGACAGAGCUUCUGGGGUUGCUGUGGUAACCAUGUCCCCACUGCUUCUGUCAUCUGAUCCUUCCUUCCCCACACACUUGCGGACCCGGGGAGGGAUACCAUGCCCUGCACUCCGCUUGGGAUACCUGCUUACGUGAAGGACUCGUCCGGGAGGAUCUGCUCUAGUUAGAAGGUCAACAGAAUAUCCGUUUAGCUUUUAUUAAAAGCCAGCGCGGCAGCACCCACUGCUGGAAGGAGAUGAGUGGAUUCUGGCAGCGUUCUGCUUGAACUUGAAAGGUCAAACUGUGUUUUCUUUGAAACUACUACAGGACUCUGGCUCCCUUCUCUUGGUAGGACUGUUUUUACCUUUGCUCGGUGGUUGUGCUAUGUUGCAUUAUGGUCUGGGUCCUCAGGAGCUUCUAGGUUGUCCACAGUGACCUUCUAAGUCUUCUUGUCCCCACUGCUUUGGCUGGUUUCCUGCAGGUAUUAGCUCUAGGUCAGGUGUUGCCUCUGCUUCUGGGCCAGUGGAAAGGAAGGAUGACUGUGUAUAGAGGGACGGAGAGGCACUGGGCUGGGGUCUUCACCCUUGGUUUGCUGUUGAGAUACUCUGGGCAGGAUCUGAGCUGCCCCUGCCCUCUGGUCAGGCCCCUCUCUAUCUAGCAGGUCCAUCCUGUGGCUUUCCAGGGUACAUACUUCCAGCCCAGCUGGAGUUCUCUGUGGAGCAGGAGAGUAAUGGCAAGGCCCAGCCUCCUCUAAGCCCUCUGGAUGGGAGGCUGUUCCUCCCACACUCUGAUCCAAUCUUUCCUUUCGUGGCUGCUCCCAGUCUCAGGGCUUAGAGUCUUGCUGAAGCUCCUUCAUGGGACUGGGCCUGUGUAGAUGAUGCUUCUGCUUAUAUUUGGGGACAUUUCCACUGUGGCCCCCCACAAGGGGUUCUCCUGGUCACAACUCUGGCUCUGGGGGACUGCCUGACUCACUGAAGAAACUAUACUUUGCAGGUGUUAAUAGGCACCCAGAUGCCUCCAGUUCUGUUGAUACAUCAAAGCAGAAGUGGGAGAGCUCCAGAUAGAUGCUCUUAGCCAGAGUUUCUGUCUGUGAUUAUGAAUGUCAAAUGGCGUUUCUUGGAAAAUAACCUGCGGUUCAGUUUUACGGGCACCAUUUGAUACUCGAGGCUUCUGGACCAUUUGCCUCUCAUCCAAUCAUACCAUCCUCCUGACCGGCAGAAAGAACUUGCCUGAGGCCACACAGCCACCUAGUGGGCAAAGCUGUUACUAGACCCACAGCCUCUGGCCCGGUCCUGUGUACCAGCUGUACUUACUGUUGGUGGAGUAAAACAGCUGCAUUUCCUGGGCCUGGGUUUGGGAGAACCCUGUUAUCUGGGAUUUCUAGACUGACAGGGAGGUGCUGGGGUUGGAGGAUGUUGAUAGGGCCUCAGCUGUGACUGUUGAGAAAUCUUGGUCAGUGAGGAGCCUGGGGCUUGAGUGAGGGAAGUGGAGGGGAGGGAGUCCAGCAAAGUGUUUCUUGGGCCUUCAGUGACAGGGGCAAAGUGACCUGGACGAAGAUGCAUUGGCUUCCUUGUUUUUAAAUCAGGACAGAAAAUGAUAAAAAGGAACCAGUUCUCUGAUCUACCUUCUCUUCCUCUAUCUCCAUCCCUCCCUUCCUCUUUUUGGUGGUGCUGGGAAUGAACCCAAGGCCUCGCUCACGCUGAGCGAGUAAGUACCCUGCCACUGAGCUAUACCCCAGGCCUCUCCAGUUCUUAAAAUGGAGACGGGGGAUAAAAGCCCGGAUCAGGUGACUAGGCAGGACACAGGCGGUUCCCUUUUCCUUCCUUCGACCCUUAAGGUGCCAACUCAAACAUUACCUUUUGUCCAUUGUUUCUUAGUCUGCAAAGACAGCUGUGUCGUGGGGGUGGGUGUGCCUGGGGUUCAGAUAGAGCUUGCGGCUUCUGGGCCAGCAGGGACCAGGUCAGUCAGCCGUGCUCUGGGCCCCCCGUGCUCCUUCCCCGGCUUCUAGUUACCCCUCAAUCCAAGGCAAGGGCAGGUUGGUACAGUAACCAAGGCUGUUCCCACUGCUUGGUGGAGGGCCUCUGAGGCAUCCUCUGGCGUCUGUCUCACCACCAAUUCUUUGCCCACACCAAUCUCCCGUCUCUUCAGCUGGGUUAUGCGCUCCCUUGGGAGAAAGACACCCCCCCCCCCCCCCCGAGCCUAGGGCAAUCUGCCUACUGAGCAGCAGCUGGGGAAGUGGCUUUGGCCUGGGCCUCACCGUCCCUGGGGAGGGUGUGCUCGGCUGGAAGACUGGAAACAGUUGCCCUUGUCUUUGGUUUUGUGACAUUUCCACGCGGAAGGGUGAAAUCCCCCUUCUUGCCCCAUAGUGUGUAUGCCCACCCUUCCUCCUCGUGAUGUCGCCGUGGCUGAACCUUGUCCGGUUCCCAGGGUGCCGACGUCUCCAUGUGAAGAGAUGCCUGUGUGGUAGAGUCUAUGAGGUGUAGUGUGGAAGUGAACCCUGUGACGAUGACUUUUCUUUGCUUCCUCUCAGUGAGGAGGUGAUUUGUAGAUCCCGACUGCCUAUGGAAUGUAAAUAGUGUACAUUUAAUUUAUUGCCAUGGUAGCACAUUGUAUUUGUUAAUGUAUAAAACAAAUUCUAAAAGGUUGACAAAUGUAUAUUUUGUUGCUUAAAUGUGUCUUUGCAGAAAUUGACAAUAAAUAAUAACAUAUUUUGUGUCCA